CUCGGGGGGCCGGUGGAGUGUGGAUCGCGGGGUCUAGGGUGGCUUGUACGCCAAAGCUUCCCUAGCGCCGCGCUGCGCUACCUGAGGCGGCCGAAGAUGUAACCGGAGGGGUCGACGGCGGCCCGCGGACUAUGCUCGCGCUCCUGGGCGCGGCGACCCUGAUGCUGGUCGCUGGAGCGCCAUGGGUGUUGCCCGAAGCUGCAGAGGGAACAAAUAUGAAACCUCCUGAAAAUGGAGAGGUCUCCAUCAUUGAUGACAGUUUCACCCUGAAGUGGAACAGGAGCGGUGGAUAUUUCAAGAAUGUGACUUUUUCAGCAGAGUAUCAAACACCAGGGAUGGGUAAUUGGAGAAAACUGCUUGGGUGUCAGUAUGUUACUCGUACGGAAUGCAGCUUUUCUUCACUCCACUUAAGAAGUGUUUACGAAAAUAUUAAAUUGCGCAUAAGAGCAGAAAAGGGAAACAGCACUUCUCAGUGGCAUGAGGUUCCCCCGUUUGUACCAUUUAAAAAAGCUCAAAUUGGUCCUCCAGACAUACAUUUAAAAGCUGAAGAUAAGGCAAUAAUAAUAAACAUCUCUCCUCCUGGAACAAAAGACAGUACCAUGUGGGCUAUGGAUCAGUCAAACUUUCUGUAUAGCUUGGUUAUCUGGAAAAACUCUUCAAGUCUAGAAGAAAGGACUGAAAGUGUUUAUUCCAGAGAUAAAAUUUAUAGACUCUCACCAGAGACUACUUAUUGUUUAAAAGUGAGAGCAGAACUGCGUUCAUCAAGAAAAGUCGGUGUCUAUAGCCCAGUGUCUUGUAUAACUACCACAGUGGAGCAUAAACUGCCUUCACCAGAAAAUAUAGAGAUCAGUGCUGAAAAUCAGAUCUAUGUUCUGAAAUGGGAUUACAGAUUUGAAAACAUGACCGACAUGACCUUUCAAGCUCAAUGGCUCCAUGCCUUUUUAAAAAAGAUUCCUGGGGACCAUUCAGACAAAUGGAAACAAAUACCAAACUGUGAAAAUGUCAGAACGACCCGUUGCGUCUUUCCUCAAAGUGUUUUCUCAAAAGGAAUUUACUCCAUCCGUGUACGAGCAGCGGAUGGAAAUACUACAUCUCUGUGGUCUGAAGAGAAAAAAUUUAAUACCGAAAUGCAAACUGUCAUAUUUCCUCCAGUCAUUCACAUGAAACUCAUUGGUGAGGACUCACUGCGCGUCUCCAUCGGGGCUCCAGAAGAGUCUGAAAACAAGUCUGGGUACCAGCUUUACCCACUAACUUAUGAAGUUGUUUUUUGGGAAAACACUUCAAAUGCUGAGAGAAGAGUUCUAGAGAAGAGAACUGAUUUUACUUUUCCUAACUUGAAACCGCUGACGGUAUAUUGUGUCAAAGCCAGAGCACUGGUUGAGAGCAACAGGUGGAACAAAAGCAGUGUUUUCAGUGACACUGUGUGCGAGGAAACCAAACCAGGAAAUACUUCCAAAGCCUGGCUCAUAGCUGGAAUUUGCACUGCGGUGUUUUGUAUCGUCGUCGUCAUUUACACUGUGAAAGCCCUCUUGAGAUGCGUCAGUUAUGUGUUCUUCCCGUCAAGUAAACCUCCUUCCACUAUAGACGAGUGUUUCUCUGAAAAGCCACUGAGGAACCUCCUCCUUUCCACUUCUGAGGAACAAACGGAAAGAUGUUUUAUAAUUGAAAAUACAAGCACUGUUACUGCAAUAGAAGAGACUGAUCAAAUUGGUGAAGAUUACAAAAAAUACAGUUCCCAAACUAGUCAAGAUUCAGGAAACUAUUCUAAUGAAGAUGAAAACAGUGGAAGUAAAAUAAGUGAAGGACUUCUCCAAGAGGAACCUGUGUGACUGGAAAUGAACUCCAAAAUAGUAGGGAGUCUAGUGGGAGUUGUAGUGGGAGCCAAGCUCCGAGCUCCUCUCAGUAACCAUCAAGAGACUAUGUGCUUGUGGGGGGAGAGAAAAUCAUCUUCCGAUCAUAGGUCCUAAAAAUACAGGAAAGCACUUAACUACUUAAAAUGAAUUUGGAGAAGAGUUUCCUACCGUCUUUUCCUGUGUAAAGUCUUGAGAGACCUGUCAUUGGACCUGCCUGGGAUGAGAUGAGUUAAACCAGAAGCCGCCCGUGUCCUCCGGGUGACAUCUGAAGUCCCCGUGCUGUUUUGUGGGUAAGGGCAGGGUUUAGGGUUUGUGUUCUCAUCGGCUAAUUCUCUCACAGUGUUUUUCAGGGGUUAUUUAGAACCUUGGGUCUUUUCUUUGGACACUGAAGUGUAGGCCCUUUGGAAAUUUCUUUACAAAAGCCUGAAUGCCACUAUCACUUGGUUUCCUGAGAAGUCGCUUAUUCUGAAAAACAGCUGCAGAUACCAGAAGCAUGAUCCUUCCAACUUUGUCGGGGGAAUUCUCUCCGUUUAUCCCAAGAGCAUUAGCUUCUACAUCACAGUUACCUAUCCCUUAUACCGUUUAGGAUUAAAACCAGAUCGUAUUUUUAAAAAAGUAAAAAUUAAAAAGAAAACUGAUAGUCUUUUACUAUAUGUACAUCAAAGACUUCUGGAUUCAGGACAUUAGCACAAUAGCUUCUGAUUAGAAUGUGUAAUUACUAAAACUACAGAGAAAUGGGAAACUCAUUAGAGAAGUUACUGAUCCCUUUUAAGACAUGGAGUAUGUGACAUAAGUCACAGUGUAUGCAAGAAGCCUGGGGACCAGAAAAGACUGGCAGACUAGACAGAGUGAGAAGCAGAGUAAAUCAGGAAGAAAGAAGCAAGUGACUUGCAUAAUUAGGACAAUAUCGUGUCUAAUCAACUUUUGACCAUCAGCGUACUGUGGGGGGUUUGUGUUUAUGGCUUACGUGUAUCAUUUCUAAGCCCAGGCCAGCUUCUCCACCCUGUCUGACGCUGUUCAGGUGUCCCUUCUGCUCAGCCCAUGUGCACUCGAGAGAAGCAAGUUGGGGGAGGACAUACAUAGCUCAGUGGUAGAGCGCGUGCUUAGCGUGCACGAGGUCCUGGGCUCGAUCCCCAGCCCCUCCAUUAAAAAAAAAGGAAAGAAAAAGCAAGUUAUUUCUUCUCUCUGCUGGAGAAUCCCUGGGGGGCCAAACACAUCUUUGAUCUUUCCGGCCAGAGGCAUCCGGUUUAAAGCAGAUCUUGGUUGGCUCUUCGCUUGUAAAGGCCCCGUCAGUGGGGAUUUUCCUCUUAAGGGAGGACAUUGGGAACUGGCCAGGGCCCUGCCCCGCCCCGCCUGGCUUUUCAGACUGUCCUUGUGUGGGCCUGUCAGCACUCGGAGCCCAGGAUUUGCUGCAGGAAAAGGGCUGUGUCAGACUGGAUGUCCAUCUUUGCCUUGUCUUCUAGACUGAAAACUGAAAUUCCAUUCUUCGGUCUCUUCCACAUGUAGCUUAAUCAGGCUAUGCUCACUUACAAGGUGGUAAGUGUUUUUCCUGAAGGAUAGUAUAGUGCCUCAGUUACAAUAUUGAUAGUUCUUAGGCUGGAUGUAAUCUAAGAAUUUAUGUAAAAGAUUUGUAUUAUUACAGCCAGCAAUAACAUUUACUAUUAAAACAUAAUAUAGAUGAAUAUGUAUGUAAAUGGUGACGGGUCUUAGACCUACACGUUCACACACGAUGUGGACCGUUUUCCAGGACUACAGCCAUAAAGUACUUACUAACAUAGAUUCUAAUUAGAAAAUUAUAAAUGCUACUCCAGAAAUAAACACUUCAGGGUCUGACCAGAAAUUUGUAACCUAUAAAAAAGUUAUCUUUAAAAUACGAUUUAGAGUUUGUAUCUUUCCCUUAAACUGUGACCUUCAAAGCAGCCUCAGAUUGCUGUUAAAAAUUUGGAGAACUUACAGCAGCUUUUUCUUCUUCCCCACCUGCUCCUUACGUAACCCUUGGACUACCUGGCAUGUUUGUGUGUGUUUCACGUGGUGUCUGCCCCACCUCCCCGCCCCAGGAGACCAGAAGCCCUGAGAGCAGAGAUUUCCUUUUAUUCAUUUCUGUAGCCCGAGCACCCUCACACGUAGAAACACAGACAAUAAUAGUUCUCAAAUGACCGAAAUCUAAAAGUUGAACCAAGUAGGUGUUUCUGACACUUUGUAUGUCUUGUUGAACUGGAGAAGAACAUACCCGUAUUUCCAAUGUUUUUAUUCAGUGAACUUUUGUAUCUUACUUCAUUUGCGUUUUUGUCUUAACCCAAUUUGCUAUUUGUUAAACAGUUUUUUACAAUAAACGUUCAGGCCAGAAGCCUUGGA